GAGAUGUAGGAGAGAGGAGAAAUGCUGGAAUUGUGUCCCUGAGCAGGCAAGGGAGUUAGGAGCUGGAGCCUUCGAUCAGUCUCUGGGGAGAGGCUUCACUGGACUGAGCCCAGGUACAGAGUCAAGGAAGUCGACAUUGUGGGGAGUUGGAGUGACCCGUCUGGAUGUGACCCCCAGGACAGAAUGGUGCUGGACUCAGGGGCUCAGGUGUAUGAGCAGGCACCCCCCAGCCCACCAGCCAGUCCCGCAUCCUUGGGACAUAGGCUGAAGCCCUCAGACCAAGAUGGGAGACUGCUGUACCCCUGGCCUCGGUCCCUGGCCUUGCCCCUGGCUCUAUCAGUCCCCUCAGCCCUGCGGCCCCGGCCUGAGCUGCAGCCCUUCUCAGAGCUGCACUUGGGCCACCGUGGCCACAUGCGUCGCAGUGAGAGCACCUACACCGUAAAUAGUACUGGCCGGCGGGGGGGCAGCACCCAGGGUCGGGCCCCACCUAGACGGGGACAGGACCCAGGUAGGGGCACCCUGCGGUCUGCAGCCUCUCUGCCUCACAUUGCUAAGACUCGAAAAGAUGCAGGCCGUGGUGCCAGAAGGAGCCCCUGCAUGUUGGUGGCCCUGCGGCCAACCAACAUGGACCGUGAGCGGGACAAGUUCUUCCAGUCCCAUUACACCUACAACCCACAGUUCGAGUACCAGGAGCCCAUGCCCACGGCUGUGCUGGAGAAGUACUGUGAGGCUUCUGGACAGUUCAUCCAUCAGGCCGUUGGCAUCAUCGAGGCUGUCCUGGAGAAGUUUGGUACCUAUGAACACUUUGAGGCUGCGACUGGGGGCCAGCUGCUGACCAAGUGCCAGAUCUGGUCCAUUGUGCGCAAAUACAUGCAGAAGGAGGGCUGCGUCGGGGAGGUUGUGGUGCAGCUGAGUGAGGACCUGCUGUCCCAGGCAGUGAUGAUGGUGGAGAACAGUCGACCAACACUGGCCAUCAACCUGACCGGAGCCCGCCAGUAUUGGCUGGAGGGCAUGCUACGGCAUGAGAUAGGCACCCACUACCUGCGGGGCGUGAACAACGCGCGGCAGCCCUGGCACAGCGCCGAGGGCCGCCUGCAGUACGGGCUGCGGCCGGCGAACCCCACCGAGGAGGGCCUGGCCAGCCUGCACAGCGUGCUGUUCCGGAAGCAGCCCUUCCUCUGGCGCGCUGCGCUGCUCUACUACACCAUCCACCGAGCCGCGCGCAUGUCCUUCCGCCAGCUCUUCCAGGACCUGGCGCGCUACGUGCAGGACGCUGACGUGCGCUGGGAGUACUGCGUGCGCGCCAAGCGCGGCCAGACCGAUACCUCGCUGCCAGGCUGCUUCAGCAAGGACCAGGUGUACCUGGACGGCAUCGUGCGCAUUCUGCGGCACCGCCAGACCAUUGAUUUCCCACUGCUGACCUCUCUGGGCAAGGUGUCCUAUGAGGAUGUUGACCACCUGCGGCCCCAUGGGGUGCUGGACAAUACCCGGGUGCCCCACUUCAUGCAGGACUUGGCACGCUAUCAGCAGCAGCUGGAACACAUCAUGGCCACCAACCGGCUGGAUGAGGCGGAGCUGGGCCGCCUUCUGCCUGACUGACGCAGAGGCCCUGGACAGAGGGUUCCAGAUCAGCCCCCAGAACAUGAAGCUGGCUCCUGUGUGCUUCCCUGGCCUGGGUGUUUCUUGGGGAACUGGGAGGGCAGGAACAGCUCAGGAGGGAGGAAUGGCAACAUCAGAGGGUUUGUGUCCCUCGCUAGCCUCUUUGGGGCCUGGGGACCAGCAGCAGCAUAUCAGGCAAACUGAGUCUGUCCUCCUGCCUCCAGGUCUCUGUUGAGCAGAGGGGAAGCCUGAGGGCAGGGGGGAAGCUGAGCAUGCGUGGGGAUGGCGGGUGGUUUGGGAGUAGAAACUUGUUCUUGCAUGGGAUGGCUUUGAGUGUCUGCGUACUCCAGUCUCUCCCUUCCCUCACCUGGUCCCUUGGUGCUCCUUCAGCUUUCAUGCUGUCUACCUCUCACUGGGUCCUGGUGGGGAUCUCCUUUCUCCUGGGUUGAUUGCCUGAGCCUGAGGUCCUGGCUUUCACACAGACUCAAGGGGCAAGGGUUCUGGUAGUAGAGACCCAGCUGGGCUGGGGUUUACUUUCCAGCCUUUUGCUUCUCCCGCUGGUUGUAUAUUUAUUCCCUAUUUAUGUGCUCUACUUCCUGGGGCUGGGAGGCAGCAGCUCCUGAAGGGUCGAUGGAGAGAACAGGGCUCCUCUGGAAGGGACCAAUUGUUCCUACCCCCAGUCUCAUUUCUCACACACACGCAGUCCUUCAGGCUUUGUGAGUCAAGCCUAAGAGCUCACCUGGCCCUGCACCCACCCACCCCCUCCACUGGCCUCUGUUAUUCUUGUCCUUGCCCACACUCUCAUAGCUGGUCUCUGGCAGAGGUUGGCAUAGCCUGGCGGUAGCCACAAUCCAAUGGAGUCUGAGGGGCAG